AUGCAGGACAAUGUGGCUUCCGACGGGGAGGAGGAGAGAAAUGGUGAAGAUAAUAGCGAAUCUGAAGAGGAGCCAUUUGAUAUUUCGCUAGCAGCCUCACAUUCGUACAUGGGAAACAGCCUAGUAGCAGUGAGUGGUCGCUCUGUGUUGGAGGCAGGCUGGGUGGGUCGAGUCCCGGUGGCAGCUCAUCACGGCACAGUGUUCCCCGGAGAGACGGUGCCCAUGCUGCUCACUCACCCACACGACAGCGCCAUCAUCGCGAGAGCCAUCAAGCAUAACAAGCUGUUCGGUCUGCUAUGUCCUGAUGAGACGGGCAGCCUCGUGUCGGGGUACGGCGUCUUGUGCGAGGUGUUCGAGGCGGGAGUGGGCGUGGAGGACGAGCCCCCGCGCACGCUGUCCUUCAAGGCGCGUGCCACUCAUCGCUUCCGCUGCCUCCACAUGCCCAAGCAUUCGGUUCCCAUACACAUGUACUCCAGGAUGCGUGCUGUUGACGUGCGCGUUCUGCCCGAGGUCCGUCUCGGGGAGCCUCUGAGACACGCGCGUCUCGCCAGCCUCGACACUCUGCGUCGAUCCACGUCGGACGGUCGCCUGCGCUGUAUGGACGCGGCCGUGACCCCGUGGCCGCUGUUCGUGUACGACAUCUUCGACUACCGCCGCAUGAGACGGGUCAUCGAGGACUACUUUAAGAGCAUGUCGCUAGAGAACCUGCCGGAGGAGGCUGUUUCUCUGUCGUUCUGGACGGCGUCCAACCUGGCGCUGUCUGCGCGCGACCGCCUGGCCCUGUUCGUGGUGGACGACGCCCUCCUCCGCCUGCACAUGGAGGUGCGCCUCAUCACCAGGGUGAGUCCUCGCCCCCCUCACCUCCUCCCUCCCGCCCCCGGUCCAGCUCCUACUCACUGUAACCGCCGGUGGUCCACAGAAGAGCGUGUUGUGCUGCGCGUCGUGCGCCACCGUGGUGGCUCGCCGGGAGGACAUCUUCGCCAUGUCGAGCGAGGGCGUGCACGCCAACUACAGCAACCCGGGCGGCUACAUGCACGACAUAGUGACUGUGUCCCGCGCCUCCAACACGUCCGCGGGCGGCGCUCCGUCCGCCGAGUUCUCGUGGUUCCCGGGCUACACGUGGACGGUGGCGCUGUGCUCGUCGUGCACGUCGCACGUGGGCUGGAAGUUCGAGGCGCUUCGCCGCACCCUCCGGCCGCAGUACUUCUACGGCCUGUGUCGGAACUUCGUCCGGCCGCGCUGCGACGGAGACUCCUCGCCGCCCCCCCACCCCGCCCUCCCCGACACACACCGAGCAUGACGAACAGCCGCUCGAGGAUUCGUGAACUAGACGAUAGACGAUCUGUCGAGGAACGGCGACCUGGAGGACCUCGCUUUAUACGCUUUGUUGUGAAGUUGAGAAAGUAUCGCGGCUCAUACGGGGAAGUGACGACUCGUGGCCAUCACGAGCUGAGUACUGAGGUGAAGAAAGUUAAACCGAUGAGAGUUUUAUACGGGCGACAGAUAUCCUUAGAGGUCUACGUUAACUAUAAAGAACUUAUUAAAAUAUAUGUACACUUACAGUGUGUGAUGAUUUAG